AUGGACUCAAAACAAUUUUACUUCCUCAAAUACAACAUUAGAUAUGUAAAGAAUAACCCUAAAUGUACUAUGGCUGAUAGGAAAACACUAGAGAGAGCAGAGAUGAUAUACUCUUACACAAGUAAGUUCCCGUAUUUGUAUGCCUUAAGUGAGGUUUUAUACCUGGGCUUCAGAAUAAGGAGUAGCAAAAAGCUCUUAGCAGAUGAUCCUUUUAUGAGGAGACCGAAUGAACUCAAGAAGAUAAUAUUUGGCAUAAUGCGAUUCACCUUGGUCUACUUUGCAUGAGAUGUUUACUCCCGCCAAUACCUUGAACGAGCGACCAAGAACAUUAUUUUGAAGUACCAAAAAGAUGAUGUUGAACAAAUGAAUAUUCAGCUAUAA